GGGCUCAGUGCAUGACAUUAGAUAUUUAGGGCACCUGAUCCCUGGGCCAAUCAGCAGCCAUGGAUGGACAAGCGAUUGCUUUUACUGUGCAGUAUGUGGAGCUUUUGACGUCUCUUCUGGGAAGCGGACAGCAAAGAAGCCAUGUACCGCUUCCAGAUGAUUCAGUAAAUUCCCGUGCUGAACGACUGCGUUUGAUUGCACCUUCCCCGCUUUCCUCUCCAGUGGCUGCAUUAGGCACAGGCUCCACCCCGGCAAACUGCGUCGAGGCGCCAAAGGUGCCCCAAGCGGAAGUACGUGCGCCCAAGGCCGUUGUACGGACCAAGGCGCCCCUGGUGCCACAGGGUCCAAGGAUCAUGCUUCCGCCUGGGGCCAUCAAGCCACAUUCAGAAUACCAGGCUGAGCGGUCCAAGAAGAGAUCUGCAGUACCAAUGCCGUGCCCUCUCGAGCUUCCUCAGGCAAACACCUUGCUGAGCCGUCUCAGUCUUCUGUGAGGCAUCGCCUUUUCGGAGCAGAGAUGGCACAGUUUGACAUUCUGCCACUGACACUGCAGAUAUAUAGUUUGCAGAUAUCAGGAGUGAUGCGAUUGAUUGAGGUCAAAAUUGCGGUGAAACCAGUUGUAGGCGCUCUUGAAGGCUUAUAUAAAAUGAAUCUCCUGGUGAAUGUGGCUUUAAUUAGUCUAUUGAUUGCGUUUCCAGUGUUUUGGGUGCGAUGCCGGCUCGCAGCAAAGACUUGGCUGUUCAAUAGACAGCCAGGGUGCAAAGGAUUUUUGCAAGUCUUGCCAACAUGCAAAUGCAUC